AUGUGGCGUGUAACAACAACUGAAAUUGUUGAUUGGACUUGUAUAUUUAUGAUUAUACUUGGUACACUUGGAAAUACCCUCGGCUUAAUUGUUUUUUCUUCUCGAAAAUUUCGCCAAACGACUUAUGGUCGUUUAGCCAUUGCAUCGUUAAUAAUCAAUCUUCUUUGUGUAUUUCGCUAUUCUCUCCUUCUUCAUACAAGUACUCGUCUCUGGAUUACGCAUAAAGCUGGCCAAUCAUGGUUCACUUGUAAAUUAUAUCGAAUCUCGUCUUGUUUACGAAUUCUCUCAGCAUUUGUCACUGUUGCAUGGACAUACGAACGGUUCACCUAUGUCACGACGAAUUUUCAAUUCUUGACAGUUAAUCAAUAUGUUAAGAAAUACAAAUUCUAUUUUAUGAUUAGUUUCUCUCUGAUCAUCAUUACUAGUCUAACUGGACCGACAAUUUACUUUUAUGAAUUAAAAUCGGAACCCCAACGAAUUUCUCCACAAGUUGCAAACUUGAAUAGCAACACAACGACGGCAGCAACAAUAUUCAGAACAACCAACUUAACAACCUUGACUCGUUCCAUUCGUGAAAACGAAGAUGUCACAUCAAAUCACGACGCAAUUCCUAUUUAUCAUACAACGUGUUCGUUAAAACGAUCGAUAUCUUUGUCUUGGCUUAAAUUUCUAACGGAAGUUCGAUUUGGCUUUAAUUACACGACGUUUCGUUCAAUAUUUUCCGAGAUAAUACCAUCGAUUUUAGUUAUUUUUUUCAAUAUCGGAAUUAUUAUUCGUGUUGUUCAAUCAACACUCUCAUUUUCAUCAGCAAGUGGCUCAGCGACAAAUAUUCGUCAGGGUUCGAAUACGUCAUUCCGUGGCAAAGAAGUCGCAGACGGUUUAAUAGUUCACAAUCGUCCUCGCACCUCAUGGAUGAAUAUUGUUUUAAUUAUCCAUUCGUGUCUAUUCUUUUUCUCGUCACUAACCGCGACGAUUGUACAUUGGUCAACAUCCAAUGCGCUUUUAGUUUAUUGGACUAGUGUUGUUAUCUUAGCCAAUUGUUCGUUGAACUUUUAUGUCUACUGUUUGAGUGGAAAAUCUUUUCGUAAUGAGAUACGUAAAUUGCUCUAUGUAUAUUAUCAAGAAUGUUGUUUUGUUAAAUUUAUGAAUCUAUUUCGAACGAAAUCACAACGUGAACAAGUAAGACAAACAGUCCGAAUGCGUUUAGUUGCUCAUAAACGAACAACAUCGUCGUUACAGACAAAUGUUAAUAGACGUACACAGUCAUUUACCGAACGAUAA